UUGCUGAAAGAACGAGAACGACUGAAAAUGAGCAAUGAGGAGGGUACUUUGUCCGAAGAAAUAGGAAUACUAGCUUCAGUGGACGAGGAAAACUGGCGCAAACAAGGAGACCGAAUCCGGAAGCAACUCGCAAUUGGCGAUCUCAGUAGGUUUGCAAAAGCUAAUAGCAGGAGCUUGCAACGAAAGAUCGAUGAGCCGUUAGUAUUUAUUGUGCGUCACAAAUUUGGCCGCACUGAUGGGUACGAAACGAAUUGGCUUUUGCCCCAAGUACAGCAUGAAACAGGCGAAACACUGAAACAGACUGCAGAGCGUUGCUUAAAAACAGUGAUUAGCAAUGAAGUGGAAGUGGAAGGCUUGAGCAAUGCACCAUUUUCAGUGUAUUCGUAUAAUUAUCCCUCGCGAUUGAGAGAACUGCUAAAAACGCAAUCACGAAGCGCCGUAGUAUUCUUCUUCAAGGCGCUUCUUACUUCACGGACUUCACCAAUGGUAAAUAGAAAGGAAGUUUCGGACUACAAAUGGGUCAGUGUGGACGAAUUUGCAGCGGAAAUACGGCAUAAAUCGGCCUAUGCACGUGCUUUGUCCACCCUCUUCCCGUCGUAUUCUUCAUCGAAGAGUGGCCGCAUAAACGAUAUUGAAAAAAUCAUUAAAAUGAAGAGAAAAGCGGUGCCCGAGAAGAUGCAAGCCAGCGCUUAA